AAAGACUGUUUCAUUUACAUUAUUAGAAAAUGAUAAAAGAAUGAGGCCAACAUUUUCAGUCCUAGAUACAAAACCAUCUCAUAUCCUGGAUUUCCCUUUAACUGUUCAACAGCAACUAUGGCUUCUCUUUUUGUUACCGACGAUUUGGCUUAUAUUGCUGUUUAUAGCUGAUAUUGCUACGGACAUAGCAGUCGGAAUAGAGCUGAUAAAUGAAGGCCAUUAUUUCGCUGGAAUCUUAACUUUGCUAUUUAUUGUACUUCCAUCUCUACUCAGCUAUUUCUUUAGGCUAUCCACACCUCCAGAUACAAAAGAAGCGAAAGUUGCGUUCACAUGGCUUUCAGUAGAAACAGCUGCAUUUGUGUUGUUUCCCAUUCGCCCACUUUAUUGUUUUGCAGAAAGGUUAUUUUGGUCUAUAGAAGCCAUUAGAUUGGAGGACCCAGAGAGAGAAGAAGCACUAAGGGAAUUUGAGGAUACACGUGUAUUUGUGAUUGAAAAUUACUUAUUUACACAAGCAUUUUUACAAGCAGGACCACAGGCUAUUCUACAAAUAUCACUCCUAGUACUAGGAACUUCAAAGGACUCAAGUACAGAAGCUAUUCAGGUGCUAUGUUUGAUGACAUCUUUGGCAUCUCUUGCCUGGAUUGCUGCUUCUUAUCAACGAUAUGAAACUCAAGUAAGAGGAGGAAGACAACAAGUGUGGUCAUCAAAUGACAGAUCUUUGACAACUCUGCUAAAUCUAUCAGAACUUGAUGUUAACUCUCAACAGCAGAGAUCUACAGGGAUAAAAAUUAUGGAGGAAGAUAACCCAAUAGGGAGUAUUCUUUUAUUUUCAUUUUGGUACUUUUUUCUUUUUGGUCGAAUCCUUUGUUUGGUAAUAGCAUUUAGUUUCUUUCCUUGGGCAGUCUUUGGAGUGUGUCUGGGACACUAUAUCUUUACUUUAGCUUAUAUCUUACCUACUCCACAGUUAAGUGCAUUAAUUCCGGUUAAACUAAUUUUAGCAUUUGUUUAUAUUUUUUGUUUGGUCGAAGUGAGAAUACAGUUCAGAAAGUCUUACCUUUUCUACAGCUUAUUCUUUUUCUUUACAAUUAUAGAGAAUAUUUCGCUAACAAUACUUUGGAUUUUUUGGGCGAAAUGGACAGGUGGUUGGUAUUAUUAUUGUUUGUACUCAAUUGGGAUUUCACAUGGGAUGGCAAUAUUAUUCAUAGUAAUUUAUUUGAAAUUUUUUAAACCAAAAGUCAGAAGAAUACAAGUGAACUAAUUAAUAAUAGAUAUAUACUGUAUUUUAGACUAAAUGUUAUAAAAGACAAACAUAUUUUUAUAAAGACAUUCAUUUUAGUUCCUAUACUACCUAGUAACUGUAAUUUCCACUGAUUUAUGUCUAAAUUGUUAACUAGUCCUACAUAACUUAACAAUUGGGAUUGAUUAAAAUGUCGGAAAAAGUGUACAGCUUGAGCGUGAUAUAUUUUUUAAAACUAAACUAUUAGAUAGAGUAAACUCAGAUGAAAUAAACACAUUUUUGGUAUUUUAGAUCCAUUUCAUCCCUUAACAUUAGAGUUGGGUGUGAAAUACUUAAAGACAAUAUUAUCUAUAAUGUACUGUAUAUAUGUAAAUACAAGUGAUAUUGCCAGUAACUUAAUCCAUACAGCUGCUGUUAAAUUAAACAGCUCAAUUUAAUAUUUAAAAAGUCAACAAUACUUUCAUUCCUAGGAUAUAAUGUUACCAUCUCUUGAUCUUAUACCCUAAAAUUAGAGGCAAUUGAAAGUUAGUUGGCUUAAUGUGUACAUAUUUUAUAGAAGAGCUAACGAGAAGGGUAUGGGCUACCUAUGCUCAACAAACCCAGUUUAAAAACAGCCUACGGCAACUAAAUUUUGUAAUCUCUGUCAAUCUGAAUACUGCUUCCUGGAUGCUUAAAGAUUAGUGUUCUACAAACGAGUACCUGAUAUUAACCAGGAUAUAAAACCACAUGAUAGGAGUACAGCACUGAAAAAAACUCUCACAAGAAUACUAUAAAGUUGAGAAACAGACACCAGUGCCUACUCCCUGGAUGCAAGUGUAGUGGGACAACACUAUUUUAUAGAAAAUGUAUCAGUCCUCAUUAAUGAUAGUAAUAGUAAAAACUUUGGAUCGAUUAUACAUAUGAUUAGAUCCAGAGACAAUUAUACACCCCGUAAAAUGAAAAAAAUUAUAUGACAGAUUGUUAAAUGAUAAUCGAAAAUUUAUAAUUGAAAAAUGAUAAUCUUAUAAUACGCAUAUACAAUACUGAACAUU